AUGGAUCACCACGCAAUGCAUCACGAUAUGGGCAUGGACCACGGCGGCCAUGGCGGCCACGGGGAUAUGGAUAUGGGUGACCAGUGUAGUAUGAAUAUGCUUUUCACCUGGUCCAGCAAAGGCCUCUGCAUUGUCUUCCGCCAGUGGCAUGUAACCGGGAUUGUUUCUCUUCUGGUGUCCUUGGUCGUGAUCGUACUUUUGACGGCCGGGUACGAGGGCGUUCGUCAACUGACGAGGCGGUUUGAGGCCGCCCAUGCAAGACGGUUGAAUGCAUUUACGUCGUCGGCUUCGACGGGGGGCAAUGACUUCGCCGACGAUUCUGCCCCGAAUGGCCUCCCUUACCAUCCAGCGACUCACAUUCCCGACGAGAGCUCACCGCUACUUGUAGGCAGCGACAAUCGCCGGAAACUGGAGCAGAGGGGCAAGAUCGUCAUGGCCCUUUUGUAUGCCGUGCAAGUGUUCUAUAGCUUCUUUAUCAUGUUACUCUUCAUGACUUAUAACGGCUGGGUGAUGCUUUCCGUGGCUGUCGGUGCCUUCGUAGGAUAUCUGGUCUUCGGGGAAAAUACGUCGGCUGCUAAGACAGUGGCUUGUCAUUAA